AUGGAUCUUGUUAGCCAGCUAAGAGCUAGCAUUUCUUCCCCAAGUGUACGGCAAUCAAUUGCGCUGUUGCUAUUACUCUUCAUCGCUUAUUACGUCGUGGUCAUCAUCUACCGGCUCACCCUUCAUCCGCUUGCCAAAUAUCCAGGCCCCUUCUUCAGCAAGAUCUCAGAUUGGGCGAUUGUGUACCAAACGGCGACAGGCAACCGGCACCUUCGACAGCUGAAGGAACAUGAGACUUAUGGGCCCGUGGUUCGAAUUGGACCCAACACCGUUUCCAUCAACACCGUCGCGGGCUUGGAGGAGAUCUACGCCAACAGGAAAGCCAACGUGAAGAAGUCAGACUGGUACAGGUCUACCGCUGCAGCUGGCCAUGCAGGCUCAACCGCUCAAAGUACCCACACGGAGAUCGACCGGGAGCGUCAUGCAUUCCGAAGACGUGUGCUGGGCCAUGCCUUCUCAGACAGCGCAAUCAGGUCUGCCGAGACCUUUGUCCUCGCGAAUAUUCGCACAUGGUGCAAGCAUCUCAGCGAAGGAGCACAGCCGGGAGAAUGGACCCAUGAGAAAAACAUGGACGAGUGGUGCACCUAUCUCGCUUACGAUAUCAUGGGUGAUCUGGUCUUUGGCAAGCGAUUCAACGUCAUGGAAAAUGACGAGCACCGCGAGGUUCCAGCAAUCGGCAUGAGCGCAUUGCGCUUCAUAUAUCCGGCAGCUUACGCCCCCCUCCAAACCAUCCUCCGCCCCAUUUUCGCCAGUCCUCUGAUGCUCAAACUCGGUGGCCGAGCAGCCCGCGACGCCCUGCGCUUCAUCGAAUACGCGCAAUCUCAAGUCGCCUCUCGCAAACUCGCCGAAGAGGCCACCUCCAACGGAAGCUCGGACAAACCUGCCCGCAAGGAUUUCAUGCAUUACCUCCUCUCCGCCCGCGACCCCAAAACCGGUGCUCCCUUCCUAACCAAAGAAGAACUUGACGCAGACAGCGGUCUUCUAAUUUCCGCUGGUGCAGACACCACCGCGAUCACCCUAGCAGGGCUUUUCUUCUACCUAAUCCACAACCCCGGUGCCCUGAAACUUGCCACGGCCGAAGUUCGCCGCACUUUCGCCGACGUCGAGGAGAUCGUCGCUGGCCCCAAACUCAACUCCUGCGUUUACACCCACGGUUGCAUCGACGAAGCCCUGCGCCUAUCUCCCCCCGUGACGGGGCACCUACCGCGGGAAGUACUAGCCGGCGGCUUGAUGAUCGAGGGCGAGUUCUUCCCCGAAGGCACCAUCGUCGGCACAUCCGCAUACGCCAUCCAUCACCAUCCGGACUACUAUCCCGACCCCUUCUCGUUCAAGCCCGAGCGCUGGAUCUCCAACCCUCAGGAAUAUAUCCCUGACGCUGGGACCGCGACCACAGCUCAAGAUGUCGCAACCGCCAAGGCGGCAUUCUGUCCCUUCAGCCUCGGCACGAGAGGCUGUAUCGGAAAGACGCUGGCGUAUCAGGAGAUGAUGCUCGCGAUCGCCAGGGUGUUGUGGCUGUUUGAUGUGAGGAAACCGCAGCUGAAACUUGCUGGUGCUGGUGCUGGUGGUGCUGGUGAAGAUGCUUCGGCUGUGCGGGUGCCGACGGGAGAAGGGGAUCCGAAGGCGGCAGAGGAGGGAAGAAGGAGGGUGGGAGAGUAUCAGUUGAGAGAUUAUUUCUUGGGUAUCAGAGAGGGACCCGGAGUGGAGUUUAGGAGGAGGGCCGCAUGUUGA